AUGAAUUUACGAUAUUCAAUACUAAAAAGAUUACAAUCAUCAUCAACUUCUAAUUUAUCACCGGGAGAAAAGAACAAACAAGCUGCUCAAUUAGCUAUUCAGUCAUUAAAAGAUUUUGGUUCAUUAUUAUCUAAUUCUUCCGAAGACGUUCAACCAAUUGAUCCAAAACCAAUUUAUCAAGAUCCAACUAAAUUUUCAAAUUUAAGUUUAUUACAUCAAGGUCAAAUUAUAAAAGAAUUACAAGAAAAAUUUGAUAAAUCAUGGAAGAAAUUAUCAAUAAAAGAUAAAAAAUUGGCAUAUUAUAUAUAUUUUGGGAAUUGGGGAGUUCGUGAAGAUUUUAAAAAUUGGAAUUUAGAUGAACCACCUUAUGAUUUACCGUUUAAAAUACCUAGUAAAAUAAAAAAUUCAAAUCCAAAACCAAAUGAUUUUAUAAAAAAAUUAAAUCCUGUUAUAUUAGGUGAAACUCCAAUACGUAAACCACAAUUUGAUUAUAAGAAAAUGGAUGGAGUAUCUAAAUUUUUUAUAUUUUUAACUUUAUUAAUUAGUUUGAUUGCAAUUUCAAGAGAUAAAAAGAUUGGUGAAGAAGGUAUACCUAAAGAAAUAAUUAUAAAAGAUGAUUAUGAAAUUAAAAGACAACAGGAGAUUAAAGAAAAAGAAGAAGAGGUAAUAUUGCAAGAAAAAUUACAAGAGUUAAAAAUGAAACAAUCACAGUCAUCAAGAAAGUGGUAUUACUUAUGGUUAAGAUAA